UAUACUGUGAUGGGUGUGAAAACCGCUCGAUAAAAUUUUGGUAUGAUUCUGUUUCUUCAAAUAAAUUAAACAUCGGCGGCUAUCGGCAAAGGCAUUGAGUAUUUUCGUUUAUUUACAAAAAAUGAUAAAACAAUCAUGGAACAACAAACAAUACUGUGGCGACUUUUGGGUAGAUUCGUUUGAUGAAUGGUAUCGAAAUGCGGGAAUCUGUGUGCAGGAGGAUGAAUUAUCGUGCAAGGUUCCGCCAAUGGAAAAUGACAUACCAUUCGGUAACGAGCUGGACUUGAUGGAAACGAUAGAUCAUAUUGAUUUACCGGCACAUCGCCUAUCAGGCAAAGUACGGCUGCAAUAUUUUAACUUCCUAGAGCGCCUGUUGAAGGACAACUACAAAUGUUGGAGAACCGACGUUGGCAGCUCGUACGAUGAUGAUUCUAUUACAGCGGAUGAAAUCAAACGCUGUGCGGAAGCUCUCGAGUUAAAAGCGGCACAAUCUUCGAUGAUAGUAUCGCUGUAUCGCAAUUAUAUUCUAAAAUUGAUUUCACAAAUACGUAAAGAAACAAGAGAGAAUGGUCUACAUUCUAAUUUGAUCAACAUCAAAUUUACACCAAAGAUAGUUAAAUCGGAAAAGUGCCAUGUGGCCAUCCAAACUGAACAGAUAGACUCUCAGUUGUCGGUUAAACCUGUGGUGAUUGCUGCAGGAAGUUGCCCAACUCAACUGGACACUCAGUCAAUAUCUCUCGAUGAGAAAAUUCGUAAUUUCAAAAGAAGUAUUAAAAAUUUGGAACGUCAAAAGGCUUCAACUAAUCGCUGGCGAAAAAAAUCUAAGCCCCACAACAGGAAAGAAGAAUCUCCGCCAAUUAGAAAAAUGCCUAACGAAGAGCUGGUUCCUUCAGAUUUGGCGCCGAAAUCCCUCGAAACGCAGUUGCCGACUUGCGCUCCGGCCGAUGAUGAUGAUCAAAUUAUGCGAGAGUUGGAAGUUAUGUUCAAUGCCGGGAAUGAGGAGAAUAUUUUUGAUUCUUGUGAAAACCAAGUUCAGAUAAAAGCCAUAAUGAGUGAAAUAGAAAAGUUCGUCCCUCAGGUUCCAUGUACCUUAAUGCAACCCGUUUCAUGCGCUUCUGUUGCCCAGGAACCUUGGGCUCAGUCGCCCCAGUAUUCGAAGGAAUCAUCGGACAACCCCAAAGCCGCCAUAGAUACGAUAGGUAAAAUUGAAAAUGCAGAGUCGAAACGAGAAGACUUGAAAAAAAGUCUGUGGCCCUGUGAAUAUCACAUGCAGAAGUUGAAACUUCGUGAUUUGAUGAGUAACAUUGCGGACAACAAUUAUCAGCGAUACGAACGGAUCCGCAGCAGUUUUUUGGUUUUGUUCGGUGAGCUGGAAGAGGAAGAUGAACAAGGACCGUACAGUCCAUCGAUCGAUCUGGACGAAGUGCUGGUUUCAAGUUGCCGCCAAAGGAUAGCAAAGUGGGUGGUACAAGCCCUUAUGAAACCUCUGAACGAUGGGCUUAUAGGUAACCGGUUCCUAUUUAAAAAGCUCGCCAAACAUGUUGCAGACAAUAUUAUAUACCAAAAUCAAUACCCUGACGAGCGGUUUAUCAAAAACUUUGUGGCUGAUUACUUCUGCUCCCAUAAUGCUAUCAUGUCAAUCGGUGACAUGGUGUAGAUUCAAUGGAGUCCACUGUUCCUUUAUUUAUAAGAAAAGCUGUGAGCUUAAACUCUUCCUAAUUGAUUGAAAACAACUGAUUCUGGUAAGUGAAUUAAUAUUAUUGAAUUAAAAAAUUAUGAUCAAAGUUGUUGA